GGGCGGCAGGAGGGGCGGGCGGAGCGCGGCUCCCACACCGCACGCGACGCUGCCUGGCGAACCUCGGCCCGUGCCCAGCGCCAGGCAAGCUCCGGGGCAUCGUCCUCGGCCCUUGGCUCCGAAGGCACGGCGGGAGCGGCUGGCCCCGUGAGGCGGUGCGUGUGAGGGGCUGCAGGAGGGAAGAACAGGCUCCCGGCGCCCCAGCCCCACGCCCUCCGAAUACCAAGCUGCAGGCGAGCUGCCGGGUGCUUUUUUUCCUCCACCAAUUGGGAGUAGACGAUCCACGCUGAUUUCUUUCCAGGGGAGGGGAGGGGCAGGGUGCGGGGUCCCAAGUCGCACACAAGUCUUCGCUGCCAUGGGGGCCGUCAUGGGCACAUUCUCGUCUCUGCAAACCAAACAAAGGCGGCCUUCUAAAGACAUCGCCUGGUGGUUUUACCAGUAUCAGAGAGAUAAGAUUGAAGAUGAGCUGGAGAUGACCAUGGUUUGUCAUCGGCCUGAGGGACUGGAACAGCUGGAGGCCCAGACCAACUUCACCAAGAGGGAGCUGCAAGUCCUGUAUCGAGGCUUCAAAAAUGAGUGCCCCAGUGGGGUGGUCAGUGAAGAAACAUUCAAGCAGAUCUACGCUCAGUUUUUCCCUCAUGGAGAUGCCAGCACGUAUGCCCAUUACCUCUUCCAUGCCUUCGACACGACCCAGACGGGCUCCGUGAAGUUUGAGGACUUUGUAACUGCUCUAUCAAUUUUACUGAGAGGAACCGUCCAUGAGAAACUAAGGUGGACAUUUAAUUUGUAUGACAUCAAUAAAGAUGGAUACAUAAACAAAGAGGAGAUGAUGGACAUUGUCAAAGCCAUCUACGACAUGAUGGGAAAAUACACAUAUCCAGUGCUCAGAGAGGACACUCCAAGGCAGCACGUGGAUGUCUUCUUCCAGAAAAUGGACAAAAAUAAAGAUGGCAUUGUGACUUUAGAUGAAUUUCUUGAAUCCUGUCAGGAGGAUGAUAACAUCAUGAGGUCCCUCCAGCUGUUCCAAAAUGUCAUGUAACAGUGGACAUAGCCAUCUGGCUCUCAGAGACGUUGUAUUGAACAACCACCUUAACACCUUGAUCUGCCCUUGUUCUGAUUUUACACACCAACUUUUGGGACAGAAACACCUUUUACACUUUGGAAGAAUUCUCUGCUGAAGACUUUCUAUGGAACCCAGCAGCACAUGGCUCAGUCUCUGAUUGCCAACCCUUCCUCCUCUCUCUUCUAGAGAGACAAGAGGAAAUUGGGUUUGUCUUGGAAGCAUGCUCAUCUCUUCAUGCUGCUGCCCUAUGGAAGGUCCCUCUGCUUGAGCUUAAACAGUAGUGCACACUUUUCUCCUUGCGUGCCCCAGCCCACUGCCUCCAAGCCCAGCAGACCUUGAUGUUUCUGAAAGCAAGAUGAUCUGAGCCAAAUGCAUACCAUCCUCUGAUGGCCUCCCAAACCAAUGUGCCUGUUUCCCUUCCUUUGGUGGAAAGAAUGAGCAUUAUACAGAACAAUAAUAAUCUACCAGGACUAGAUUGGGAGAGCCAGCAGCUAACACAUGUAGGAUAGGACUGAAUUAUAAAGCAUGGCAUUGUCUGGUAACCCACAUCACCCAUGUCCUUUGUUUGCAGAGGCAGGGACCAAUAAUUCUCUCUCACACUAGCACCUGUGCUGGUAGGGUAAGUCCCUUACUG